ACCAAUCCAAUGUACACUUCGAAUAUCAUAUGCUUUAUUAAUAUCUCUGAAUUUCGGUACGUUGAUCGGAAUGGACAAUCUUGUAGUUAUAGAUGGUUUAUUUCUUUAUUUAGUUUGUGAUCAAUAUAUUCUUAACUUCUGAAGCGAAUUUUAUCGUGGCGAUCGAGUCGGCCUAUUCUUCUUAUUACAUUUGAAUCGCAUGCAUGCAUGGUAAACCCUCUCAAAAGCUUUUAGAUUAGUAUCUUACCAUAGAGCUAUUACAUGAUGAACGUCUCGCACUGCAGCUCGUAGGUAUGAUCCAGUCAGUCAUAUUUCGACAUCAUUUGUAAUAUUUUGACAUCAUUUGUAAUAUUUUGACAUCUUUUGUAAUAUUAUAUCACAAAGGAUAGGCCUAACUGUGAUCUGAAAUGGACUAUGCCCCCUGGAUCAACCUCUAAUAUACACAAAUCGUGUGGUCGGCUCUGAACUGAAUCAAUAGAAGAAACAUCAAACUACAGUAUUCACCGACCGGCCUCGUCCGCACGUGAAUAUAUAUUGCAUUACUUGCUGUUCAUGCGAGUGGGAGCGUUGCAACUAUCUGAAGUUGAAUAUCGAAUUCCAGGAUCCUUUUUAUGCUCAGUGCAUUAGCUGCUGUGAGCCUUGACAACCUGAUACAGCUCCCGAUACAGCUACCAUUACUGUCGACCCGGUUUGCAUUGGACGUGAUUGCAUCUGAAGAUUUGAUCGCCAGUCAUUGGAAGCAAUACGAUGUCCGGGGUUUUGCGAGUUGUCCUUUUCAUUUUCAUGGGUGGUUUGGCCAUGCAGUGGCCUAUCACCCAGCAUCUAAUCUUUGACAUGGCUUGUCAUCGCUUAGGCUAUUCAGAUGAUGUUUGCUCCGAUCUUGGCAACCACACGGACGCUGAACACGCUGUACAGGGCCAAGCCUCUACCAUAAUGACAUACCAAUCUGUCUUCUGUGAUAUUCCUGGAGCAGUGGCGUCCCUUAUUCUAGGAGCGCAAAGUGACAAGGUUGGACGAAAACGGAUCAUGCUCCUUCCAAUAAUGGGCGUGACACUUCUGCUUGUGAUCCUGCUUCUAGGUUCAAUGAUACAUACGACGUCCAUCGUCUUCAUAAUGGCCAGUUCUGUUGCUUUGGGUAUCAGUGGUGGAAUAGGUACCUUCAUGAGCACAGUCACUAACUAUAUCACGGACAUCACCCCUGAAGAACAACGGACUGAGACACUAAGUAAAACUUUACCGUUCAUGGGGUUAGGUGUCAUCGUAGGGCUUAUCUCCUCUGGUAUCCUAACCCAACAACUCGGGGUGUCAGCGGCCUAUUUCAUAGACUUUAUCUUAAUGUUAGUAGUGCUCUACCUGGUUACCUUCCACCUUAAGGAGUCUAAACCAACCACUGACAAGUCCAAGGAUACCACAUCUCAUCCGGAAGAUCAGUCUCAGGGCGUCGGUUCCGCCAUAUGGGAAAACCUGACCGCUGGUGUAAAAGUAUUCACGUCUGAGAAAGAUGGCUUCGUCAGGAUUCAGUUGGGAAUGAUAGUUCUGCAAGGCAUGGUUGGAUUUGCGAUUAUGGUUGCCGAAGGUAAUUUGUUGAUGCUGUAUACGAAGAAGUCACCCUUCACCUGGUCUCCAUCUAUGUACUCCAUCUUUACCGCAACUAAGAAUGCACUAGGCAUAGUAGGGCAAGCCGUAGGAACCAUUCUGUUCUUUAAAGUGAUGGGCGCCAAGUCUAUCAGGAAUGAUUUCAUCUUGCUUUUGAUGGCAUCGUCUGCUGGGUUUGCCAUAAAUUUCAUCGUCGCGUCGGCAACAACCACCACGAUGAUGAUGAUGACUACAGCUCUUGUUAUGUUUGCUACACCUGGACAAUCAGCAGCUGGUUCCAUAACAUCCAAACUCGUCAACCCGGAACAUAAAGGUGCGUUCACAUCUCUAGGUACCUUCCUCAACACAAUCACUGUACCCAUAGCAGGAUUCAUUCUCAAUAGUAUAUAUUCCUACACAGUGCAUUAUUCACCAGGUAUUGUCUUUCUUUGUAUAGCAGCAGCACAUGCAGUCAUUCUAACAGGAAAUGCAUAUGUGGUCCUAUUUACGAAGCGAGAAGCUACCCAUGGCGAGAAGACAGACUAAACUCAUGAUGCCUUUGUAUAUGAUAUUGAGAUCAGUAUGGGGGUGUACUUUUCAUUCUCCUUUAAACAAAAUUUGUAGCUUUAUUAUGCUAAACUCGGGACUUGUGGACUAUUAUAAUCGAAUAUCGUAAAUGAAAUAACAUGGAGUAAAUGUUUACAGGAUGGGAUUACAGCUGUAAUCAUAUAGCUUUGUAUUUAUGCAUUUUUAUAGUUUUAUGUGCAUUUGACUAUAUUUCAUGCAGAUUAACAUUUUGACGGAGAUCACUUCUAGAAAAUACCAAAGAUAAGGGAGCGUUUCAUAAAAUGACUUGUCUGAUGUUUUAUCCAACAGUUGCCAUAUGAACUGUGAUUUCGGCCAAUCAGAAUCAAGGAAAUCAUAAGAUCCAUCAACUUGUGUGACGGAAAAAUGUUAAUGAAACGCUAUCCAACAGGGUCACAUAACCCAAAUGCUUACAAUCAAUCUGUAACAACAAAAAUAUUAUGGUUCAAAAGUCUUACCAAUCAGAAAGAGUUUUUAAUUUUUUUUUUGUAUUGAUUGUAAACUUGUUAUUAUGAGGCCCCUGUUCUAAUUGAUAAAAAUGUAAAUUAUACCAGCUAUAUAGGCUGGAUGUAAUUUUUCAAGUUUUGUGAUUGAUUUGUCAUUGUAAUAUGUAUGAGAUUUAUGUAUAUCAGAUUCUGAAUUUCAAUAAACUGAAGAAAAAAAUGACA